AUGGUUGUAUCUAAUUUCCAAGAUGUUCCUGAUCUUACUGGAACCUGGGUAUUGAACCGAAAGCUGUCAACCGAUCCAGAUGAUGUCUUCGUCUUGCAAGGCGUACCUUGGGUUGUCCGAAAGGUUUUGCGACACGCCCGGCUUUCGUUGCAAAUCGGCCAGACCACUUCUCUAUCCGCUAAAAAUGGCCCAUGCGCAGAGAGAAACUCCAAGGAAGGUUCUGAUCUGGCCGACCUGGAACAAGUCACAACUCUCCGUAUGACACAAACUGUGAAUCCAGGGGUCGAUGGAAGCCCGCAGGCAGUUUCGCUGCCUAUAUUCGGAGAUAUUCAGAUGCAGCUCCAAUUCGUCAACAUAUCCGCUAUACUGGAAGACUCCAUCCGUCUAAUUCUGGAGGUGGCUAGCCUGAGUAACAAGGUCAUUCAAGAAUUAGCCCAGAAUACGUCAAAGGGAUGGGAAGCGGAAGUGAUUUGGGGAUUUGAAGAGCUCGAUGGAAAGCGAUAUUUGACGCGACACAUUAGCACGACAAAGGAGGAGAAGAAGGUUGUUGCCAGGAUGGUUUACGAUGGUCCAAAUUAG